AUGCUCUCUUUCAACACGACUGUUCCUCUCGCGUUCGACUUUCUUCAUACAGAAGACUACUUCAUUUUUCUGUUCCAUAUUGUCUUUGCUACUAGUGCGGUCUUUCUCGCUGGGUCAGUGGCAAUUGGAAUAUUGAGUACAAAGAGUCUUCGAAUUCAAAACAGAUUUAUUUUCAUGCUCAACACCAGCAUUAGCGACACGUUGAUUGGGUUUUCCGUUUAUUAUCUUGGUCUUUUUGAUGUACAAGAGGGAUACCCGUCAAGGAAUGGUACAUUUUACAUUCUACCUUCUCUUCUUGGAGUAAACGUCCUUACUUUUCUGUUUGCACAGAUUGACCGCUACGUUGCUGUUUGCCAUCCUUUCUUUUAUAGUCGCUACAUUACGCGGCCGAUGAUCAUUGCAACUUGUGUCUUUUGUUGGUUUGUCACAUAUCUUACAUUAGUGCUGCAAAACACUGCCCCUGUCUCGAAAGCUGCACAAAUAAGCGCAAUUAGCGUUAUGGCUUUACAGAUAGUAGUGAUCACUAAAGUGCUGAUGACUAUAAAGCUGUACAUAGUUGCCAGGUACCAACUUGCACGAGAUCCACCGAGCGCUGAGAAGGAGAACAAGAAGGAAUCUUUGAGGAUCAUAGUGUUUGUAGUCAUAUGUUUCUUAACGCUGUGGUGUCCCUCCUUUGUUAAUAUCAUUGUUAGGCAAAUGACUUUAUACGGCCUGAAAUUCAGGAAUGAAGCUACUAACCUCUUUGCCAUAAUGGCACGAUUUAACGCACUUAGCACACCAGCGGUGUACAUCUGGGGGAGCCCCGCGCUUCGCGAGGCUGUGAAGCAAACCGUGUGGAGAAGAAUGUGUCCAAAGAAGAAAAUAAGGUAG